GUGUACCACCCUGGAUACUGUAAGGUACGCUGCAUUUACUAGUACCGCUACCUACUCCGUCGUCACUUCUCUGGAACUGUAUGGAUUUUACGGAUUCACUGUGUUGUCCUCCGUUAUCCCAACUCGACGUACGGUUGUGCGACUCUCUUAGCUGGAGGGUAGGACAUUCUGACCGGCACCAUCUCGACAAUGCCGUCAACUUGCGGUUCAAUAGCAACCAGACCUUGACCGUAGGUUGUCAGAUACGGCAGGCCGCCGCCAAAUUGUCUAUAGUACGUGCUUGGUCAGCUAGACGGAGAUCCAGACCUCGUUGUAGCUUCGGCUCCCAACAUGAAGUCGGUUUCGAACCUUCGGGGGAAGGCCUUGAUGGCGGAUAGUUCAACCAGUGGCUACGCUGAAAUUUUACGCAAGAUCUUGAGCUUGUAUAGUCUCACUUUGGGAAGAGUCCACACGUUCCAGCUUGUCGGAUCGACCAAUAACCGCUACCAAUAUCUCUGUGCUGGCCAGCUACCGAACGGUACCGCGGUAUACGCGACCAUCUUGACGUACCCGUUCACUGCUAACGGCGAGGCGCCGUCACCGUCCUUCAAAAUCCUUGCCAUGGUCUCGGACUUCGUCGACCCUUACGCUUCGAGUGCCUUCACCGUAUCCGAACCAAUUUGGCGAGCUCGACGUCCCGCACAAUAUAUAUCGUGUUUCCUGUCAGUAUAGGAUUCCCACAAUCUAGCGAA